UUUCCUGCCUUCGUUAGUAGCAAAGAGUAUGUAGGCGUGGCAAGAUAAGUACAUGUUGCGUCUUCCCCCUCUGGGGCCAAAGAAGCCCCAACAACAGAUGUUUUAAAGGGGCCGUGGUGCCUUUAUUAUGGCUUUGUCAUCUGAAAUGACGAGUCAUGUGACAGUGAAAUACUAGAGUCUGUUGUCUCUGCGUGUUUUCUCACUCUCUGCCCUGAGUCUUGACACUGGAGCCUGUCCCUGGCGAGGCAGUGAUCCAGGAUGCAGUCUUUCAUAAUUCUUCUAGGACUACUGGCUUUUGUCUCCAGCAAACCAUGCGAUACCGAGGGAUCCGGCAACAGUGAGCUGCUCCUCUCCCUCAAUAAGGAUCUCCUUCGCUCUCUAGAGCAGCAGGAAGGACUCCCCAAUCCCAGUGUGCACUUGGCAUUACGGCUUUCUGAUUCCCACAGCCUGAGCAUGGAAAAUGAUCACCUGACUAAACUGAAAACUGAUUUGCACAGUGACAUUGAAAGCUCUCUGUCUCAUGGCAAGUCUGUGGUUGGCAUCCUGGCACUGUACACUCUGGCUCUGAAGGCCUCCUGCCUCGACCUGAACACAGUCACUUUCACCGUCAGUGAGAAGAGCGAGACGCUGCUGACUCACCUCAAGAAGCAGAUGGAGCAGGAGAAGGAACACAUUGCCUACAGUCACCGUCCUUUGACCAAUUAUUACCAGUACUCCCUGGGUGUGCUGGCUCUCUGUGCGAGCGGCGUGAGAGUCAACAACCACGUCAGCAACAAACUCAUCAAGGCUGUAGAGCAUGGCCACCUCAAACAUGGAGAAACUGAGUCUGUUGACACCUAUGCCAUGGCUGGGAUGGCGCUUCAGUGUGUGAAGGACUCUGGCUCCCAUGUGCACAACGCCGCUGAACUGGACACAGCUCUGACUAAGAUCAAGCUGAAGCUCCUGGCCUCCCAACGGACCGACGGCCACAUAGGCAAUGAGUUCAGCACAGGACUAGCAGUCCAGGCCUUAUUGGCGAUGGGCAGCCAGAUUGAGGAGUGUGCUGCAUCCAUGGAGGCCAUGAGGACGGACGCCAGGAGGAACACGUAUCACAACGCCAUGGCCAUAUCUCAGACACUGCCAGCUCUCCAGCAGAAAUCCUACCUGCAUGUCAAGACCAAGGCGUGCCUCGCUGAGGAUGACACUCUGGUCCUGGAGCCCACGGAGCCCACGCUGGUGUUGCAAAGCCAGACCAAAGUGGCUCUGACAGUGGAGGUGGUGACAUCCAACGGGGUGACAGCUUCUUAUUCAGUGGACGUGCCAAAGGGAAGCUCCCUGCUGGAAGCCCUGGAGCUUCUGCAAGGGAAGAAUGUCGGCUUCACGUUCGAGAAGGAGUCCAGCCUGUGGGGGCCCUUCCUUAGCGUGGUGAUUGGAGAGCAGGCCAGACAGAGUGACCGCAGAUACUGGCACCUCUCUGCAGAUGGCACUUCUCUCAGUCAGGGUAUCAGAGAUUUUAAGAUUGAGAGGGCUCACACGAUCACCAUCAAAAACACCAGCUACUGAGAGCAACAUCUCCGUUCAUACAACAGUGAUUGAUGUGGAGGCUGUGGAUCAAAGGCAGUUCAACUCUUUUCUGCCCUUUGCUGUUUUUACCCAUGAAUAAUGUUUUAGUUUUGGUGUUGAUCUGUCAGCAUAAUCUGAGAAGUAGCAUUUUCACUGAUUUCUGAGAUUUUCUGCAUUUUGUGAAGAGUUGAAGCACUAAUUUAGUAUUUUAUAGAGUGUCUUGUGGAUAUUCUAACUUGAGUGCAUGAACUGUAAAUGUGCUGUAUACCACAGCAGUUGUAGUGCUUUUAUCUCAAUGGAUUUUUGAAUGAAUGCCAAAUGUCUUGUGAAAUUUUAUACUACCAAAUGUGUGAUUGUGUGUUUUUUAAACACAUGGAAAUAAAUGUUGUGAUAGCUUUUUAAAUAUA